AUGGCCGACUCGCAUCCCGAUAUUCAAAGCAUACUUGCGGCACUAGCCGCUCAGCGCUCAGCCGGUGCUUCAUCACAAACGCCACCUGGACCACCUGGACAGUCUUAUCCUCCUCCAGCUUCAUCCGCGCAACCUUCUCAUUAUCAGGCUGCGCCUCCAGGCGCUGCUCCUGGCUAUGGUGCACCUGGUCAUGGACUCCCGGCCCCAACAUCCAGUGGAAACGUUGACCUGAGUGCCAUUCGGCCCAUCAACUCUGGCACCAUGAACUUUGACGACAUUGUCUCCAAGGCCCGAGCUUACGCUGCCGACAACGGCGCCACGUCCUAUGAUCGACCACUUGUAUACGGCUCCGAGUCUAGAAAUAGUGAUCGCAACUAUCGACGUUCGCGAUCACGCUCCCCCCCUCGCGGGGACUACAGAGACGACCGUCGUGGCGGGCAUGGUCGUGACUAUGGACGCGAUCGUUCCUAUUCGCCACCUGGCAGAGGUCGGUUCUCGCCUCGUGGAGGCGGCGGAGGUGGAGGUGGAGGCGGCGGACGAGACAGAUCGCCGCUGCGUGGAGGAGACGAAAAUUCAGAGACGAUUCAAAUCGAAUCAAGCCUGGUAGGUUUGAUCAUUGGCCGGCAGGGCGAAAACCUGCGUCGUAUAGAGGCAGAUACCAAUUGCCGUGUGCAAUUCCUAGCUGCUACCGAUGGUGGCCCAUUCCGCCAGUGUAGGAUCUCUGGUCCACGCCCCCGUCGUGCCGAAGUCAAGGACGCCAUCAACAGAAUCAUCGAAGACAGCGGCAUGGGUGCAUUGAACCGACCUCAGGAGAAAACUCGCGACGCCAAUAAAGGCGGCGCAACAGCACUGCGAGACGGUGAAGACCACAUGCAAAUCAUGGUUCCCGAUCGGACUGUAGGUUUGAUCAUUGGUCGUGGAGGUGAGACCAUUCGUGAUCUUCAGGAACGCUCUGGAUGCCACAUCAAUAUUGUCGGGGAGUCAAAGAGCGUCAAUGGUUUGCGCCCUGUAAACCUCAUUGGCACAGUGGAAGCCGCAGCCCGUGCCAAAGACUUCAUUAUGGAGAUCGUCGAUAGUGACACGAGAGGCGACGGCCCUGCAGCGAAGAAAGCUGCCGCCAUGCCUGUUCUCCGUUCUGAGCCGCCUCCUAGGGACUCUACUGGCAGUGCCGGCCCUGACAAAAUUAACGACUCCGUCUAUGUCCCAUCCGAUGCUGUUGGCAUGAUUAUCGGAAAGGGUGGUGAGACCAUUCGCGAGAUGCAAAAUACAACUGGCUGCAAGAUCAACGUUGCCCAGUCAUCUGGCCCGGGAGAGACUCAGAGAGAAAUUGCCCUGAUUGGUACCCGUGAUAGUAUCGCGCGUGCCAAGUUGGCCAUCGAUGAGAAAGUUGAUGCUGUGCGACAAAAGAGCGGCUCUGGUGGCCCCCCUCGUGGCCGCGGGCAUCAAGACUACGACCGGCCGUCGUAUUCUCAAGGCCCUGAUUCCACUACUAACCAACCUGCAGCGGCUUCGUCCGGUGAUGCGUCGGAUCCGUAUGCUCAAUACGGUGGAUAUCAAAAUUACGUUGCCUUGUGGUACCAAUCCUUGAUGCACCAACAACAACAAAAUAAUGGCGACGGAACCCAAACUGGCGCCCCUGCUCCCGGCUCCUAA